UUCCCACAACAACCAUCAACAAACCAACCAACUUUCUGGAGAUGGCUUUCUCAGACUACUACUAAAGAAUACAACGCUGAUGUAUGAUAGAUCAUUUUAUCUUGACGUGAAAUAUUGAAUAAACAUGUUUAUGUGAUAUUUCAUGACGCACUAUCAAAGAAGCUAUUGGUUGUGUUAAUUAUUUCCUUUGAAACUGUUAGUCUUGAUUUUUCAAACGGAAAGAGUGUGUGUUUCUUGAAGCAAGUUCUUCCAAGUAGAAUACUUGGAUUCCAUCCGGUUGUGCACAAGAGAAAUAUUGAUCAAUUCUAGUGAUUUUCAAGGUUAGAUAUCAGUAAUCGAAAAUGGAUCCAGUGCCAAGAAGGAAGCAGUCUGUAGAUGAGAGCAGUGACAAUGAGCAGCAGCCAGAGGAGGUGAUAACAGGGAUGCGACACGAGUGCGGUGUGUUUGGAUGUGUGGCAGCCAGCCCCUGGCCCACUCAGAUCGAUGUGGCUCAGGUCAUUUGUCUGGGACUUGUCGCCUUGCAACACAGAGGACAGGAAAGUGCCGGUAUAGUGACAAGUGAGGGCGGCAAUACGAAAAAUUUCCAUGUGAAGAAAGGAAUGGGAAUGAUUAAUAGCGUUUUCAACGAUGACGCAAUGAAAAAACUAAAAGGUAACUUGGGUAUUGGUCACACCAGAUAUUCGACUAGUGCCGCAUCUGAGGAGGUGAACUGCCAACCAUUUGUGGUGCACACAGCCCACGGUAUCCUUGCAGUGGCGCAUAACGGUGAAAUUGUUAAUUGCGAUAAAUUAAGAAAUUUGGUAUUAUCACGAGGAGUGGGUCUAUCGACUCGGUCAGACAGUGAGCUGAUCACACAGGCGCUUUGCCUCACUCCUCCAGGGUGCGAGAGAGACGGAGAACCCGACUGGCCGGCACGUAUCAAGAAUCUGAUGAAGCUCGCCCCUCUCUCUUACUCGCUCGUUCUCAUGGAGAAAGAUCGCAUCUUCGGAGUGAGAGAUCCCUAUGGCAACCGACCGUUGUGCCUAGGAAAAAUAGUUCCCGUCAACAGCAAAAACGCUGACGGUGAAGAGGGCUGGGUGGUUUCGUCCGAGUCUUGUGGUUUCUUGUCGAUUGGUGCCAGAUAUGUGCGAGAGGUUUAUCCCGGAGAAAUCGUCGAAAUAUCCAAAACUGGAAUCAAGACCAUCACCAUAGUAGAACGGCCGCACGAUGACCCUCAAGCUUUCUGCAUUUUCGAAUACGUCUACUUUGCCAGAUCGGACAGUAUUUUUGAAGGUCAGAUGGUGUACUCGGCGCGCUUGCAGUGCGGAAGGCAGUUGGCGAGAGAAACGCUGGUGGAGGCUGACAUUGUCAGUUCUGUGCCGGAAUCAGGCACAGCCGCUGCACAUGGAUUCUCCAGAGAGUCUGGAAUCCCGUUCGCUGAAGUGCUGUGCAAGAACCGGUACGUAGGCCGCACGUUCAUCCAGCCGAGCACACGUCUGCGCCAACUGGGCGUGGCCAAGAAGUUCGGCGCACUCUCCGAGAACGUCAAGGACAAGAAGCUCAUCCUCAUCGACGACUCCAUUGUCAGGGGCAACACCAUCGGACCCAUCAUCAAACUGUUGAGGGAUGCCGGCGCUAAGGAGGUUCACGUGAGGAUAGCAUCCCCUCCUCUGCAUUAUCCGUGUUACAUGGGCAUCAAUAUUCCAACCAAAGAGGAGUUGAUUGCAAAUCAAUUGGAUAACAUCGAAUUGGCUAAUCAUACAGGCGCUGACACGUUGGCCUAUCUCUCCGUGGAAGGAUUGAAAAGGGCAGUCCGAGAAAAUAUUGAUAACAAAGAGCACAAAUCAGUAGGACAUUGCACAGCAUGUCUGACCGGACAGUAUCCUGCAGCGUUAGAAUGGUGAUCAAGUAAAAGAUCCAUGACUGAUAAUAGUGUCAGAUUCAGAUUAAUAUCUGACAGUGAAGCUUAUUUUUAUGAACUAUCCAGAUAAAAAGUAUUGUUGGUUUAAGAUGGUGAACACCGAUGGUUUAAAAAAAACAUUAAAAUAACAUUUGUGGUGAAUAACAUCCUGAGUAGUUUAAUACGAAAAGAAAUUAUGCUUUUGGGGUUUAAAAAUUAUUGAAUGUAAUUAUCAAGGUACAAGCAUAAAAAAGCCGAAUUUUCUUUAAUCAUUUGAGUUGAUCUGAACUAGUAAUCAUCUAUUUUUCUUCUGCCUUAUAGAUUAUUCCAACGGAUCGAUAUUAAUUUAUCCAAGGAUCAAAACAAUAUUUUUAAUGUAGAAUAGGUAGAAACUAAGAAUCCAUGGAUUGAUCCCUUUCAGGGAUAUCAGUUUUACAUAUUUAUAAAUUGGAUGCAAUAUUAUACUCGAUGCCUUGAAAGGCACACAUACAAACAAAAGUAGGCUACAUUCCUUGUUAAUAUUAUUGCAUUAUUCUAUUAUUUGAAUCAUAUGUCGUUCUUUCAUCAGAAUUUAUCUUUGAAGAAGAUAAAUUAAUUAUCUUUAAUCUAUCUUCAAUUAAAGGUUAGUUAUCUUUAAGGAAGAAGAUAUUUAAUAUAUUUUUUUUUAGUAUGGUACUGUAUCGAAUAUUAUAUUGAUUAUUUAGUUCAAUUAUUAAUUUCUUGGAUCUUCUGUAUUACAAUUUACUUUUUUAUUUUUCUAUAUUCUACAUAGUUGAAUGUAAUUGCAUGAUCUAUUCAUUUAUCAAUGUAAGUACUUGAUGGAAUAAAAUAAAUCACAUCAAAAUAAAAA